UUGGGAACAGUAAUGGGCCAAUCUGGCACCCGAAACAAAAUCUACUGCCCUGAACUUGUGUUUGUGUUCUCGUUCCCGCUGCACUGCUUCCCCAAUCUUCUUCCUGGUGAUCAAGGUAUCAAAAUCGAAACAGGUGUGUUGUGAAAGAUGAGUUGUAUUGUUAGGGCUGCAUUGAGAUCCAAUUGCAGUCCAAGUGUUUGUGCAUUUGUUCAGAGAAGUUUUGGCCUCCCCGUGAGGUGUUUCUCCACUGAAGCAGAACAGCCACCUCUGAAUUCAACUACCCCUCCUCCCUUCUUUGACGUUGACCAUUCUGGAGUGACAUAUGCUAGGCUGCUUGGUAUCCGUAAACAUGUACUGAAAACAGAUAUCAUCAACUUCCUUGAAGGUUGUAAUUUGACUCUGGAGGAUGUUAAAUUUGAUUACAACCGUAGCCUUAUACCAGUUUCAACGUUGUUGCAAUUCCCUUCUCGUGAUUCCUAUGACAAUGCUAUAAGGGUGAUUGUAAAGAAGGGUCGCAUCUACAAAUUGGAUAGGGCUAAUCGAUCCCAAUGGGAUAUAGUAAAGCCAUAUGAUGGAAAAACUAUUUUGAUUCAAGGAAUGGCUCGAACUGCUAAUUUUGAAGAUGUAGUGCGAACCCUGUCCGGUUGUGAAUAUGAUUCCUCCUCCAUCAACUUGUUUUUGAGGCGAGGAGAAGAGUGGGCUGCAGAACCUAUUAAAUUGGCCACAGUGCGUUUCCAUUCAAGGACUCAAGCAAUUAAUGCAUUCAUCGCAAAAAAUGGAACAUUUUGCCAAAACAGUCGCAUUUCGGUACAAAUUUUGCAGUAAUGCAUGCCCCUUACUGGUGCUGGUAUUAUAUUAGUACUACUUUAACAGAGCAUAGAGUAUUUAACUAGUUUUUUUUUCAUUUCAUGGUUAUUUGGGAUUUUCAUAAUGCCUCUCUGGUUUAAGGAAAUGUUAAAAUUGUGGUAAAAUGUCUACCUUGAGUAGUAACACUUGACAAAUUAGUUGAUCGGUUAGUGAUGAAGAGGUUGGUUUUUCUUUA